AUGAACAAAGGGUCUCCUAGCUCGGCCUCCUCUGAAGACGAGAAAGUUUCUUUCAAGGAUGAGAAGAGUUUCGAGAAGGGAGCCGAGGGUAAAGUCUCUGUCAAGUUUGCGGAUAUCGGGGGCGUGUUCGAGGAUGGACGUGCGAUUGACAUGGGCGAAGAUGGCAAAGAAAGGCCAAUAGUGUCUGCGGAAGACUGGUCGCUUCGUCUUAUUUCGCUCGACGAUGACACCACUCUUCCCGUAUGGACCUUCCGUCUAUGGUUCUGCUCCAUCGGUUUGUCGUGUUUCGGCGCCGUGUUAAGUCAGAUAUUUUCGUUCCGCCCCCAAACUGUCUACGUCUCCCAACUCUUCCUUCAAACAGCCGCUUUCGAAAUUCUUCCGGGGCCCAAUAAUCGCCUUCCUCUUCUGCGAACCUCGAACAGCGCCUUUUGGCGCUUUAUCAAUCCCGGCCCGUUCAAUAUAAAGGAGCAUGUGGGUAUCCUCAUCAUGUCGGCGGCCGCCACGCACGCCAUUGCUAUUUUACGGCUGCUUGGAAGCCAGUUAUUGGGUUAUGGAUUAGCUGGGAUGAUGCGCUCGUUCCUGGUAUACCCUACGUUUAUCGUUUUCCCGAACUUGAUCCCUACAAUCCAAAUGUUCGAAGUCCUUCAUAGUAACACCAACAACUUCCUGCAGAAAAAAAGGAUUCAAUUUUUCUGGAUAUUGUUCGGCGGCGCAUUCGUCUGGGAAUGGUUCCCAGAAUAUAUCGCUCCUCUGCUUACGGGUGUCUCUAUCAUGUGUCUUGCUCGCCGGGAUAGCGCCUGGGUAACUCGCAUCUUUGGUGGCGCCGCUGGCAAUGAAGGUCUUGGUCUUUUCUCACUUUGCUUCGACUGGAACUAUGUAGGGUCUGGCGGAUCGGCCUACGGUGCUCUGUUUCAACCCUUGGCAACCCAGCUCUCUUUGUUCGGUGGUGUACUCAUUUGUAUAUUGAGCUUCGUUGGCGUAUACGCAAACAAUGUGUGGAACUCCCAGAAUUUUCCCUUCCUCACCCAGCUGCUCUAUCUUGAAAAUGGCACGGAGUAUGACCAAACUCUUAUCCUGGACGCAGACUACUCGAUCAACGCUACCAAGCUUGAAGCCGUUGGCCUUCCUUUCAUGGCUGGUACCCAAGUCAUAUCUAAGAUUGGCGCGAGCUUAUCGUUUGGAGCCACUGUCACACAUAUGAUUCUCUGGAAUGGUAAGCAGGUGUGGGAUACUAUCAAAAUAGCUCGAGCCAAUAAAUCGAUGAUGAGAAUGAAAGUGUACGACGAAGUGCCGAUGUGGUGGUACGCUGGAAUGUUUGUAGCAUCUAUAGCCAUGGCACUUGCUACAAAUUACACUGGCGAGGCGCUAUUGCCCUGGUGGGCGUUCUUCAUCGCCGUAGGCUUUGCCACGAUUUUCUUGCCCAUUAUAUCGACGUUAUAUGCUGUUUUAUGUUACGUUCCAGGGACUGAGGACAUUGCUAGAAUGCUCGGUGCAGCAUUAGUGCCCGGAAAGCCUCACGCAAAUAUGUACUUCACGAUGUAUGCCUACAAUUCCACCGAGCAGGGCCGCUCAAUGACACGGGACCUGAAGAUGGGACAAUACACGAAGCUCCCUCCCAGAGUAACGUUUACCAUGCAAUGCGGUGGUGCGGUCAUCGGCGCCAUUCUCAACUAUAUCAUCAUGAAAGUUGUUAUCAAUUCCAACCGUGAAAUCCUCCUCAGUAUACAGGGUACAAAUGUAUGGUCUGGAGCGUCUAUUCAGUCUUUCAACAGUGAUGCAAUUACUUGGGGUGGCCUUGCAAAAUACCUGUACCAACCUUCCGGACGAUAUGGCAUAAUUCCGAUGUCAAUAUUCAUUGGUCUCGUCGUUCCCGUUCCGUUCUGGCUUCUCCAUAGGAAGUAUCCCAAACUUCACUUUGAUGGUGUUAUUACACCGAUGAUCUGCAGUGAAAUCGGAGCUCUUUCGGGAGGCAUCAACUCCGCGGUUUUCAAUACAUUCUUGCUCUGCAUGUUUAGUCAGUUCUACCUGAGAAGGUAUCACCCGAGAUGGUUCAGGAAGUACAACUUCUUGAUGUCGGCUGCUCUUGAUGGUGGAACAGAAGUCAUGGUAUUCGUCUACAGUUUUGCGGUUGGAGGUGCUGGGGGUCGCGUCGUCAACUUCCCUAAUUGGGCGCUGAAUCCUGCCGGAAAUCCCGACUAUUGCAAGAGGCUGACAUAG